AGAAUUUCGAAGAAAGACAGCGAAGGAAGGCAUGGCCGCCCACGCUCAUCAACGUCGCUCCUCCUGCCACGGCUGAUCCUCCCACAAUCAGGUGAAGCGGAGGACAUGGUCUCGGCGACAAGGCCAGCGGAGUCAUUGGAGUAUCGCUCCGAGUCGGAGGCUGAAGGAGAUGCCGAAGGCGGCACUGGCGACAAGGAUGCGUCGCCUCAGGAGGCUGACAUGUGGGGCUUUCUGGUGUUGCGGAUUGGCUGUGUGACCUUUUGGCUGACGGAUUACCCUAUGAGGCAUUUUCUUCUCAUUAUCGGCCUUGUCCUGAUCUAUGCAGUCUACUGGUAG